CCAAGAUGGCGGCAGGCAGGUGGGAGCCAUUUUGUGAUUGAUGCUCUGGAAAGAGAGAGCACAUAAUCAGCUGCUUGGGACUGAGCAGACACUGCUUCAGAGCAGAAAGCAGUGGAUCACUGAAAUACAGAGCCCAACAGCAUCAUGACAAGCUGUUCUUCUCAGUCCUUGGGCCCUGGCUUAUCUCAUGAACUUGAUAACAGUCCAGUGCCCGGAGCCAAAAGGCCCGUGCAUUCUCCAGACGGAGCUCAGCCCAAGGAGUCCACUAAGAAACGUUGCCAGCUGAAUCAUUACUGCAACACUCCAUGUCCAUUGGAGAAACUAUUGCUAAGUUCCCCAGAUUCUGCCUGCUUCCUGGCAUCCUCUCACUGCCUGGAUGAUGCCGAGGCAGAAAGCCUUGUUAACAGAUCUUCUCUGAUGGAAGAUAGUGCUGUGGUCCUUUCUCUAGAUACAACCAGGUGUUUUGAUGAUAGUAUGCUUGAUGAUUCCUUGCUGGAACCAACAGACAGUGAACAAGAGGACUCUUCCUGUAGUUACACUGAGGAGGAGAUCCAGCAGCUCUUGGCAGAUGAUGACUUAGAACCUGAGCCAUAUACCUCUGGCAAGUUUGCUCUAUUCAACGUAAAAGUAGGUGGAAAAAAUAUGGAGACAAUUAAAAGUAGGUGGACUUGGGACUCGGGGGUACCCAAAGAUGCAAAGACAUCAGGGACCAAGGAGGAGGUACUAAAUGAUGCGUCUACCUCCUGGACAUGCUCUUCUGCUAGUUCUAGGUGCUCUGGUCUGGACAAGGAAACUGCAAAUCCCAACUGUGAAAAGUACUUGAGUGCAGACUGCUUGAAAAUGAGCCAAAUCACUGGCACAUUGUUUGACUGUGGGAUGGAGGAACUUCCAAGUGUUACCCUGAUUGAUGCUGUCUCUGUAGCUCAGGUGAAAGGGGGUGAUGUGUUGGAGGAAACUGAAAAAGCAACUGUGCAAGUAAUAAGAAAUGGUUUACAAAAUGCAGAUAAAAGUAGCACAGAGGAUAAUGAAAUCUGCUGUAAUAGCCUGGCUCCUGAAGAGGCACCAGACCUUCCAGCUCAGCACAGUCUGGAUGCAAAUGGUGUGGAAAAUCCACCAGUAGAAAUCCAAGAAUCAUUUGGCUGCUGCAGUGCACCCAUGGGAACUUCCACACCCUCACCUGACCUUGCCUGUGACCAAAGUAAGGAUGACGUGGACAAUUCUGCACCAGGACUGCUACAGCAUCUGAAAGCCUUUAGUAGUGCCUUAAACCCGGACCCUCCAAAAUCAACAGAAGGUGGCUUAUUGAAGAACAUUGGCUCCCAAACGGAGGAUUUGGGGCAAGAGUCUUCAGUGUCUGAACUGACAGACAAUCUCAAAUUAAACUCUGUAAUCUUGGGCCAGAGCUGUGGACAAGAGGCUCCCAGUGGGAAGAAGCUAGGCAAAGUCCUUCCUGUGCCACAGAUGGAAAACAGGCUGAGGCGACAGCUGUACACUUCUGAAGCAGAGCUUGAGCAGAGGAAGCGAAUCUAUAUUCAGUGCGUGCAUUAUCACGUAAGGACUCCCAGGGAUCCUACACAAGGUACUUUAGGGGAAUGUCAUGCUCUGUUGAGUAACAUUGCCAGCAAGAACAGGAACCAUGACCAAAGCUGGAAGCAUGCAUUGGACCUCACAAUGAGAAAUUACCCACGGUUCUCCAAGAAACCUACCCAAAAAUACAGCCUUAAUCAGUGGGUGAACAAGAACUCGGCAAACUACCGUCGCUUCCAGAGCAUUCCUGACCACUUCCAGCGUAGCCCUGUCAUGGGCUCUGCUAACGACUGACCUGCCUACUUGAUGGACUAUCUUUUCUUUUCUUUCCUUUUUUUUUCCCCCUUGCAGUUACCAGUAGUUGUUUUUAAUUGUCCUGUCUUUUACCUCUGCCACUUGAUUGCUUAUUUAGUGAUCUGUUUUUAAUAAGCCCAGUUUUGGGGGCUUCAUAUGUCUGGAGACUGACUCUCUCUUUUUUUUCAUUUUCAGUUAAAUUCUGAAUGUGAUCUGUUUUUCAUACUGGUAACUUCUGGUACAAUUUAUCAGUGUUGUCUUAGAAAUGAAAUAACGGCUGCUAAAACAGGCAAAGGUUACCUGCGUUCAAGGGGGACUCUCUUGUCAGACCUGACCAAAGGCUGGGAAAUUUCAGUGGGAGUAUCUGUAUGAUGCUCUUUUAGAGUGGGGAAUCUUUGGAUAGUGUUACAUUUUUAAAGCAGCUCUGUAGGUGACUACUUCUUUAUGCUUGACCUAGGGAGAGUCCUGGAGUGACAUUGCACAUAGUCAUUAAUUAAAAGUAAUUGUUGAACUGCUUGUCUUUUAUUUCAGGUUUUUUUUCCUUCAGAUCUCUUUGAUUCUGUGUUGGUUUCCUUCAUUUGUAGUUGUAUUUUUUUUUAACAUUUUUUUUGUAAAAUGUUCUGUUUAGAUUUGCACUUUGUUGAUAGUGUUAUAAAUAUUUUGCACCUUUU